GAGAGCGUAGGAUAACCGCGUUCGUGGGGGAGGAAAGACAAGCGCAAGUAACUGUCGUUUGUACGGUAGAAAAACAAAUAGGUCUGUUUUGAAUGGAAAUUUUCCAGUGCGUAUUGCAGAAUAUUUUCAAGGACACGUCUCAGUCGCUCGUGAAACAACAGAACAAGACCGCGCCAGUGGAAAUACAAUCUGAAAACUCCAUUUGCCUUAUUUCGCUUAUUGCCAACACAGAACAGUAUUCCUGAGGACUUAAGCCGCGCGCUUUCUGGUCUCGGACUGGUGCGCUGUCUGCUCUGCCAUUUGAUUGCGGAGUCAAACCAGUUACGCUGACUCAUUUUGUUAUUUUUUGUUACAAAUUCAUAAAGCACAUCAAAGGUCUGCGCGGCUAACUGAAUCAGCCAUUGCACUGAAAAGAGACAAAGGAGCUACGGAAACCAUGGUGAACCCUGGCAGCAAUGCGCAGCCACCCCCAGUAGGAGCGGGGUCUCUCUCCUGGAAAAGGUGUGCUGGCUGUGGAGGAAAGAUUGCAGACCGCUUCCUCCUCUACGCUAUGGACAGCUACUGGCACAGCCGGUGCCUCAAGUGUUCCUGUUGCCAGGCACAACUAGGGGAGAUUGGCACAUCCUGCUACACCAAAAGCGGCAUGAUCCUCUGUAGAAAUGACUACAUCAGGUUAUUUGGGAAUAGUGGAGCAUGCAGCGCGUGUGGUCAGUCCAUCCCAGCCAGCGAACUGGUCAUGAGAGCACAAGGAAAUGUAUACCAUCUCAAGGUGCAUGGAAUGAUCAGUGCUGGGGCUGGUUGUGAAGAGUGUCUCUUCUCCCUGUCGCAGUGCUUCACCUGCUCCACCUGUCGGAACCGCCUGGUCCCCGGCGACCGCUUUCACUACAUCAACGGCAGCUUGUUCUGUGAACACGACAGACCUGCAGCUCUUAUCAACGGCCAUUUGAAUUCAUUGCAGACGAACCCACUUCUGCCAGACCAGAAGGUGUGUUAGAAGGGAGGUGUUCCGGAAGCAGGAGGCGUGCCUUCAUUCUCGCCCUCGCUCAUUGUCCCCUGCAGCCUCUCAGAGCGCCGCCAUCAAGGCUGGCCCUCGUACCUCACCCUUGUCAUCCCAGCUGCCUCCCUUCCACAGAUGAGAAUCCUGUGUGCAUGCCACUGAGAUGGGAAUCUGUGGACUCCAUGACUCUGGACUAAUGGGAGGCUGUUCAGAAAAUGAGAAAGACAGA